CCCUAAAUUUUUGCCUUCAACGCAGAUUUCUGACUUCUCUGCUUUAAGUCCAACCAUACACAUUUCUUUUUGCAUCUCUCACGCGUCUUAAACAAAUAGGCAUUUGAAGCAAAAUCAUAGGAGUAGUUUCAAGCCUUUCCUCUUAUGGAAAAUCAACAGCAGCAGCAGCAACAGCAAUCUUCGAUGAGGUCGAGGUUCCGGCGUGUCUGUGUGUUCUGCGGUAGCAGCCCAGGAAAGAAUCCAAGCUACCAGAUUGCUGCUAUUCAACUUGGGAAACAACUGGUUGAAAGGAACAUUGACUUGGUGUAUGGAGGAGGAAGCAUUGGUCUCAUGGGCCUCGUUUCUCAGGCUGUGUUUGACGGCGGCCGCCACGUGUUGGGAGUCAUUCCCAAGACUCUCAUGCCAAGAGAGAUCACAGGGGAAACUGUGGGAGAAGUGAGAGCAGUUUCAGGGAUGCACCAAAGAAAAGCUGAAAUGGCUCGCCAAGCCGAUGCCUUUAUUGCCUUACCAGGCGGCUAUGGAACUCUGGAAGAACUCCUGGAAGUCAUCACUUGGGCUCAGCUUGGAAUCCAUGACAAACCGGUGGGGUUGUUGAACGUUGAUGGAUACUACAACUCGCUGUUAUCAUUCAUAGACAAAGCUGUUGAUGAAGGAUUCAUAGCACCAGCUGCCCGUCACAUAAUUGUCUCUGCCCACACUGCCCAUGAACUCAUGUCCAAACUCGAGGAAUAUGUGCCCGAACAUUGCUCAAGCUCAAAGCUAAGCUGGGAAGAGGAGUAGACUAGCAGUUUUGAGUUGGGUUACAACACAAAAUCGGAUAUUGCCCGUUAACCCGACCCGAUGGAGGAUUUUUCAUGAAGCGUAGAUAUUAGUUACUCUCCUGCAAAGACAGUGUCUACAUAGAAGACAAGUUCCACGUUCACCACAGUUGCUUUUAAUUGGCUGUGGAUAAUAUUGUGAAUUCAUUUUUAUUUAUUUAUUUAUUUUGGGUUUAGUUUGUUAAUGUAAUUAAUUAGUAUUAGUCUG